AUGUGCUGGCAGGAUAUUGAGGAAGUUGAUGCUACGGUUACUUUCCCGCCUGCGAGUCUGAAAGUCUAUGCUUCGAGGCCACCAAUCGUUGAUGAGAGCACGAGAAGAACUACUAAAUCUAAAGUACAGCCCUUGACUGCCGAAAUGAUCGUAGAUAACUUGCCUGUCUGGCGGAUUGGACCUCCCCAGGGCGACCAAAUCGCGCGUGAGUCGCUACUCUACGCUGAUUUGGAGCCAUCACAUACUACCCCGGGUACUGGAUACUUGAGCAGUUCGUCAGUCAAUUCUUUCUUCCAAACCUUGAUUCUCGGAGGAUGGGGUAUGGACCCUGAAGACCUGAUGGGGGUUGAAAAUCAGUCGAGCUUCUUGGCCGCGACCCAGCAUCUCUACCGGAGGUAUGUGGCCUUGUAUAUCAACGCCAAUAUGCGCGGGACAUACGCCGCUGGUGCUCGACCCCCUGUCUACAAUGCCACUUUCUAUAGCGGCACCAGGCAUCGCCUGAUACAGAACAACUCAUCCAAGAUUGCACUUCAAGACAUUCUAGGAAUAAUGAUCCUCUUCAGCCUCCUGGCAUACGCGACAUUGCCGAUAUGGAGCAUCCAAAGAUCGUUGCCUCACAACCCAUGCACCAUUGCCGGCAUGAUGAGCUUCCUCGCCGGAGACUCUGUCUGUUCCAGGGGUAUUACUCCUGUAGGCGCACGAUUUGGCAUUGGUGUCCAGAACUCCGCUGGAGAGGCCAAAUGA